AUGGCUCUCCAUGACGAAUUCCGUGGGCGAACGAGGUCAGCUUUCCAACACGCGUUAAUUUUAACCCUGCGAGACAUCUUGAGUAAACGACAUGAAUCGGUCAACGACAUCAAAUGUUAUGCACAGGACCCAUUCUAUACCGACAUCGACAGAGAGGUCUUAGAGCGAUCUGGAAUCACGGUCCUCAAUAAUCCCCAAGGCUUCCUAGAGGUCGACGAUUCAACGGUAGUUCUUUCGUUCUGCCCCGAUGUACCGGUGAGACAGGUCAUAGCGGAAAUUGCGCUACCAGCCAUGAUGAUUUGGGAUAAAAUCAGGUUCUUUGAAAACGAGCUUGAAAAGUCAUUGACAACGGAUCCUAACUCACCUCGUUUGUCUAAGAUGAUUCAAAGUCGGUACGAAGAGAUCGAGUUUCCUGGCCACCUUGAGGCCUUUGAGCCUGUGAGUAUCUAUGUUAGACAGGAGGUGUAA